AUGGCUAUCAUUGGCCGUCGAACGUUCCCCAAACAGCUACCGAAUCGGGUGUUCCCUUCUUGGCCGGUGACCAGCGGAGAACUCUGUGCUACCAGCGUGUAUUCUUACAAAAUGCAUUGUCUCCGACGAGCGUCAUCUCGACUCCUGGGCUCGGCAGUAUCCUCCCAAUCUCGAUCGGCAGCGCGGUCUCAAUUAAUUGCCGGACGCCAGUCUAUUCAGAGACUUUCUCCCCGAAGUCAAUACCCUACAGCCCUUCAAAUCCGAUGGAAUUCAAAUCAAAACGACUUAUCACCAGUGUCCCCCGAGAAGGAACAGAGAAACCAAGAAAUAGACGCCCAAGAUAAAGAGACAGAGGUAGCAAAUGCCCCGGAGUCUGCGCCCUCGAACAUUGGAGGUCAGCAAAAACCUCAGGGGAAGACAACGGAAGCCCUCAAGAUCAAAAUACCUCCCAAUGAAACCGUCUACAUCGGCAAUCUAUUCUACGAUGUUACCGCCGAGGACCUGCGGACGCGUAUGGAGAAGUACGGCACGGUGCUGAACACGAUGAUUGCCCACGAUAACCGGGGCCUCAGCAAAGGAUUCGGCUACGUUCAGUUCGACAAUAUCGAAGAUGCAAAGGCUGCAGUCGAAGGCAUGCACUCUACUGUCUUCGAAGGCCGCCAGGCCGUCGUGCACUACGCCCGCACCAAUUUCAAUUACAAACGCAUUUCCUACCCACCCACCGAAACGCUCUUUAUCGGCAACCUACCCCUCGAAAUGACCGAUCGCGAUCUCCAAGAUCUCUUCCACGAGGUCAAGAACUUGAUCGACGUUCGUAUUCCGGUUGACCGGCGCUCUGGAAUGCCGCGUGGCUUUGCGCAUGCAGAGUUUAUCAGUACGGAUGCGGCGAUGCAGGCAUUCGAGAUACUGGCGAGACAGAGGCCGUAUGGGCGGAAAUUGGGCGUCAAUUUCGCGGAGAGGAAGAGGGUUGGUAUGAUGAAGCCUAAGCCCGAGCCUGUGGAUAAGGAGCAGGCGAGGGCGGAGGCAGAGGCUAGGAGGAGGGAUAGGGCCAGGAAGGAAGAGGAGGAGAUUGAAAAGGCAUUGUUGAAGGAGCACAUGUCGGGCAGAGACGCCAAAUAG